GGUCCACGAUAGGGUAAUUUUUAUUCAGGCAAUUUUCUGAGCAAACAAUGAUUAUACAGUUUUAUAGUUAUUUACUUUUAUUUAUACAACAGGAAAAGGUGUCAUCCAAGAGGAUUUACUCCGCCGGGUAAUCAUGCCAUCCAAGAGGACUACUGGGGUGAGAUCUAGGUCCAGAAGUACUAAGACCAGAUCUAGUAGGAGUCGAAGUCGUAGCCGAAGUAGAAGUCGCUCCAGAGGAAGGAGCCCGGGAAGGCCUAAGGCAACAAAACCUAAAGCAUCCACUCCAAACAGGACAACAAGAUCCAAGUCUGCAACACCCACUAGAAUGUCAGCAAGGAUUGCAGCAAAAUCCCAUGAGGGUGAGACGAAACCGGUAUCACAGACUGUAGAGAGGAAUGAAAGUGAGAAAAAAGUAAUGGCAAAAUCUUCACAUACUGAAUUUGGUGGCGCAUUUGGAACAUUCCUGAUGAUGUUUUUCUUACCUGCUACACUCUAUUAUGUGAACAUGGCUUGUUCAAAGAAAAACUGCAGCAUUAAAAAUAUUCACAAUUGCUCUGGGAAGUGGUCAUCAUUCUUUGAUGUGCAGGCAGCGCUUAUAUUUGUCGGAUGGUUUGCAUUCCAAGCUGUUCUGUACAUGAUUCCAGUUGGAAAGGUAGUACAGGGACCACCCAUUGUCAUCAGCAAUCAUCAUAGGCUGUCUUACAGGUGUAAUGGUUUCUUUGCUUAUGUUGUCAGUCUGGUAGCAUUUGCUGUUGCUGUUUACUAUAAAGUGCCGGUAACCAUUGUUUAUGACAAGUUCCUGCAGUUGUUAACUUCAGCUGUCUUGUUCUCAUUUGCCCUUGCUGUGUUUGUGUACAUAAAGGCAAGAUUGGGACCAACUAGAAAUCUGGCACCUGCUGGAAAAACUGGAAACAUUGUCUAUGACUUUUUCAUGGGCCAUGAGCUGAACCCAAGGAUUGGACAGUUUGAUAUUAAGUUUUUCUGCGAGAUGAGACCAGGUCUGAUUGGCUGGGUGAUCAUAAAUCUCGUUUUCCUCGUGAAGGAUUAUCAACUGGAUGGAAAAAUAGAUUAUGCUUUAGCUGCUGUAGUUUUCUUCCAGGCACUCUAUAUUGCUGAUGCAUUAUGGUUUGAGGAUGCCAUUUUAACAACUAUGGAUAUAAUCUAUGAAGGAUUUGGUUUCAUGUUGAGUUUUGGUGACCUUGCCUGGGUUCCAUUCCUCUACUGCUUACAAGGCCGUUAUCUCCUGGAACAUCCAAACCCAAUGCCCUGGUACUGUUUGGCUAGCAUUGUCGUUCUCAACUUUAUUGGAUAUUACAUAUUCCGGGGCAGCAACUCUCAGAAAAAUGAAUUCAGGAAGAACCCGGAUAAUCCAGCUCUAGCACAUCUUCAGACUAUCCGUACUGGAACUGGCAAGAAGCUUUUAGUAUCUGGUUGGUGGGGAUUGUGCCGGAAACCUAACUACCUCGGAGAUAUCAUCAUGUCACUUGCUUGGUCCCUUCCUUGUGGAUUCACCACUGUCAUGCCUUACUUCUAUCCCAUCUAUUUCUUCAUUCUGUUGGUACACCGAGAACGUAGAGAUGACGCUCUGUGUAGGAAAAAGUACGGUGCCAGUUGGGACCGCUACUGUGAGAAGGUUAAAUCGAGGAUCAUACCUGGUAUAUACUAGAGAAAAACUUACCAUAGACACUGCCAUUCCACUUGGAGAUUAGAUUAUUUGGAAGUGUGCUUGACAUUUACAGUUGUACUUAAGCAGAUGUAGAAUUAUUUAGUAAGACACAUGAUCUCAGCAAAUGGCCUUUAGUUUAAUUACCUGUUGUGUUUGGUAGUGAAUUAUGUUAAUUAAUGAAUUUUAGAAUGUUAGAUUCUGAUUUUCUAAAUUAUUGCUGUCUAUGGAAAGACAGACACAAGAAAAAAAAUGACCACAGGAGAAAGAAAUAACAUUAAGGAAAUUUUUAAGAAGUCAAGAAAAUCAAAGAUGGUUCUGUAUCAAAUUUAAUUGUAUUAAGAAAUUAGAAAAAAAAUUCUAACCACAAAAGACAUAAUAUGAGUCGUGCCAUGAGAAAAACCAACAUAGUGGGUAUUAUGCUGUCCCAGUAUUGUUUUAGUCAUUUAGUGCAUUCCUAGUAUUAUACACCACUCAGGAAAGUAUGGUUUCAGAUUUUUUGUAAAUGCAUUCAGCUAUUGGCAGUACAUGUAUUUUUACAUGCUUACACAAGUUGCAGAAAUGAUAUUCUGCAUUCUUAAUAUUCAGACCAAGAGCAGACUUUUAUUACUAGUUAGAGCGUAAAACUGUUCAAAUUCUCUUGGUUUAUUGUCGUAAACUUAAUGGUUUCGAACUUAAUUCUAAUUUUUACAAGUACAUCAAAAGUGUUAAAGUAAACAAGAUAUAUCGGGAGCUAAAGAAAUUCUUAAGAUGUUACUGAAUGUUUUGUCAUUUUAAACUUUAAAACGCAUGUUAUAAAACAGUAGAUGGCAGACUUUUUUUCCGGUUUAGUUUUGUUGUUUUUCUUUUAAUUUCCUGAUUUUAAAUUCUCAGGCAUAUAGGUAUAUUACAGUGAAAUGUUGAAGAACAUGAAAGAUUCAAGCCAAACACGAGAACAAUAAUUCUGUGAUUUGUACCUAUAUGGGAGAAAGAGACCAUCAUUUAUGCUUUUUGUUAAUGGACAUUACUUUUAUGGGGGAAAAAUCGUAGGUGAUCAUGUUUUAAUUAGACUUUUCUUAGGUAUUUAUUUAAAAGAGCAUUAUCAGAUUUUACAUUGUAUUUUUAGAUGUAAAUGAAAACUUGGGAGUGUACAUAUUUGUUGUAUUAUACAUGUAAAAACUGUUGUAAAUAUGUUGUAAAUUUUCAUUUUAUUUUUUCUUUACAUUUUGCAUGAUUUUACUGAUAAUACAGUUCUUAAUUGCAAGUUUUUCCUGACUUUUAAAAAAUGCCAUUGCCUUUGUACAGGCUUUGCGAAAUUGCUGGACAGAUUGCCCGACAUCACAUUGCAGUCAUGCCUAGCUUGGACUCUUUCAAGCGGGCUGUUUUAAAAUGUAACUUUCAGGUCAGCAAGGGAUGUUUUUAACACUAAACUUUUUCUUACUUCUAUCUUAUUUUACACAACAUGCUGUCUGCUUUAAUUCAUAUUCUCAUAACCUACUAGGAACUUUCCUAGUAGUGUUUUAAUGUUUCUUUUCACUUUAUUGUGGCCCACACUCUGUCCAUAACACUUGAAAGAGGGGUGUGACAGAAAAUAUAGUUAGAGAUAUAACAUCCAGUUAGAGUAACUUGAAGGAUUAAAAUUUGUCUGACAGGGCCAGUUCUGCCAUUAACCAUUGUAGUCAAUGGCUAAUAAAGUGCCACUUUGGCUACAAAUUUUUCAAUUUAGCAAUGAAUUUGAUGGUCCAUUUUGCAAUUUUAAACAUAUUUUUGUAUGAUUUUAACAGCCUUUUCUUUAUUUGGCUACAGCCAAUUAUUGGCCAGGGUCGGCAGUCGGACCAACAUUUUCAUUUAAAAAAAAGUUGUUCCAUAUGAAGUAGUGUUGUAACUUCUAACAGUUUUUGAUUGUUAUUUGUAUGAUUAAGAGUGACUGACAAGUCAUUAAAAUAUUACACUUUCUAUCAAUGGAAUUUCUCAAAAAGUUAUCAGGCAUGCUUGCAAUUUUGACUAACAUGUAAGACAGUCUAGCAACUUCCAAAGUCUGUUCCUAUUUGUAACUGUAAAGUUAUAUCAGUUGUUUAACAGUAGCAGCAAAAUGAGUUGAAUGAUGAAAGCAUGAAUGUUUAGGCUGUUAAUAUUGAAAAGUAUAAAUAGUCAUGAUUUUAUAAGUUAAUUUUAACACAUUUUCCUGUCCUAGGCAUUGGAUUUAGUCCUGACUAAACCAAAGACUUUGUGAAUAAAAGUAUUUUCCUACACAGCAA